AUGUCCGCGAACCCUCCGUCUAGUCCUCUUGACCGUUCCCCCAGCACAGAGACAGGCGCCACGGACAGCUUAUCCGAGCUGCCCGUGGACAACCAGGAAGAAUCGAAGACUCGCGAACGGGAUACACAUGAGGAAGAACAAUCAACACAGAACAAGGACGAUGGAAAUGACACAUCACCAAGCAAGACACAAGAUGCCGAAGAAAACACAACACGCCCCCAUGAUGAUAAAGAGAAUGCCAAAGAGGAGGACGCUUCUGCGCCACCAUUACCAGACGAGCCACUCCCACCACCGCUGCCCAACGAGGCCCCUCCCGAUGAGGAUGAUGGCUGGGAGCCCGUCUGGGAUGCAACCGCUCAAGCGUACUACUUCUACAACCGCUUCACGGGCGUUUCACAAUGGGAGAACCCACGGGUGCCGGAUGCACCAGCAUUAGCACCGGUGCCUCUCAGCGACGCUGCGGAAGGUGUAAAGGAGAAAUCCCCCGUCGUAGGCGGUUACAACCCGGCGAUCCAUGGUGAUUACGAUCCCACGGCGCCCUACGCGCAGCAGUAUGAGGAGCCCACUCUCGGAGGUGCUGCGGCGGAUCCCAGUGGCUCCUACGAGGCUGUUGGUACAUUCAACAGGUUCACCGGCCGGUGGCAGCCUGCAACCCUGACUCCGGAGAACUACAACGAUGAGAGUAAAUCGCGACGGCAGAUGAAUGCGUUCUUUGAUGUGGAUGCGGCUGCCAAUGCCCAUGACGGGCGGAGUCUCCGGGCGGAGCGCAGUGCUAGGAAACUCACCAAGAAGGAAUUGAAGAUGUUCAAGGAGAAGAGAAGAGAGAAGAAAGAGGAGAAGCGGAGGGCAUGGCUACGCGAUUGA